CUAGCACUUCAAAUGAGGAAUGUCCGCGUGAAUCUGACUACUCAAGGUUGUUGAAAUAAAAGAGGGUUGGGUUUAAUUGCAUGGGAUUAAAGUGGGCUUGAUAAAUUUCUUUGUUCUAUUUUGAAUUGAUUGGACUCAUUUUUAUCAAGUGUUGUGAACCAGUACAUUUUCAGUUACGGUUGUUGACUUCCUAACUACUCUUUACAAAGUUGAGUAAUGACAAUUUCGUCGAUAAUAGAGCAUAGUAGCCACAUAUGUAGCCGAUUUCAAAUCACGUCUAAUUCAUUCAGCUUUAAUCGUCAAUAUACCCAGAUCUAUUUGGCACGUCUUACUGCAGCCAAGGCAGUGUUGAAAACGUUGGCUGAACAGAGAUGGUCAACUUCAUCUACAAAAUCUGAGGCAUCGCAUUUCCCCGUUCGAACAUUAGCUGACCUAAAUGGAGAUGAAAAAUGCAUAAUAAUCGGCACACUUUUCAAGGAAAUGCGUUUAAAACCUAGUGUACUACAUGAUAUUGCAGCGGUAGAAAUUGAAAAUGUUGAAUCAGACAUUCGCAUUUCUUCAACUGAUACUCACUCUUUGGUUCAUCUCACAUCGGACGAUGAUUUACUUUUUCUUGAAGAUGAAGUACAACGUAUUGCUUUGAGUUUUUGUGGUCAGAUUUCAAAAUUUUGGUCUCCAGCUAAUCUGGUUACAGGAGUUGUAGUUGCAGCUCUUGGUUACGAGCCUGAAUCUCAACCCGGUUCUUUCUACAUUGAAGACAUGUUAUUCUUAGAACCUCAACCUGAAAAACCUAUUCAUGUUCAAGAAAUUUCCCAUAUUGACGUUAACACAACAGAUUUUCGCAACUCUGGACCUUGGGUUGGUGUUGUUAGUGCCUUAGGUUUUGCAGGUAAUGGUCAAGUAAAACCGGGACAUUCAAUAGCUCUUCAACUUCUUGCCGAUUGGAUACGGUGUGCUGGAGACUUCCAUGGUUCAUCAGAGUUACACACUGACUCUGGUUUGAUACAUCUUCUGAUUUUGGGUGAUUCAAUUCAAGCAUCAAAAUCAAGUAUAGAUAAUGAUGGUGAUAAGUGCACUCCAGCUGUACGUCUUACACAGCGUGCUCGCUACUUAACUCGUAAUGCCGAUGCAGAAACUGUGACCGCUAUGGCUCGUUUUGAUCAGUGGUUAGCCAGUCUCCCUAUAGGAUCAGGUUGUAAAGAUAAUGGCACUGAUUUUAAUGGUAUAUCGAUAGAUUUGUUGCCGGGACCAUCUGAUCCUACUUCAGUCCUCAUGCCACAACAACCGAUUCAUUCAGCCGCCUUACCUUGUGCCGUUUCUCGUUCUGGUGGUGUUGGCAGUGGAAGUUUAUGUGGUCGAACAAAUCCUUAUAGUUUUAUGUUGAGAAAUCGAAAUAUUCUAGCUACUUCUGGUCAGGGUGUAAAUGAGUUAUAUAGAUAUACAAAAUUAGAGAAUGCUUGUGACAGGAUGGAAGCUACUUUACUGUGGGGUCACUUAGCUCCUACUUGUCCUGAUACUCUUGGAGGGUAUCCGAUGACCAAUGUCGAUCCACUUCUUCUCCGUUCAUCUUCCACUUCAUCUGCUCAAAACUUUAGUCCUGACUAUCCUGACAUAUACAUAGCUGGUUGUCAACCUGAAGAUCAGCCUUCUUGGCGACGUGCUCGCUUAAAGUGGAGUGAGGAGAUAGAUAAAAAUAACUGUGGUUGCUUAUUGGUAUCCGUACCACGUUUUGAUUCGACUUUCUCUUUCGUACUUAUCAACUUAAAAUCACUUGAUUGUCGUGUAGUUCGCUUUGAUUCAAGUUUGUUAGAUGAAAAUUGAUGACAAGAGUAUAAAUAUAUCAUCUUACUUUUGUAUGA